UUCAAACAUAACCUCCGGCUGGUUUUUGACUUGCAUUGUUUAUCAUUAUUUACUUUUUGCUAUAUUUUCUGUCUUUUGCAACAAGUGAUGUAAUUGAGGCAACUGCCUCUUUUUAGCUAUUAUUAAGCGGCCAAAAAUGUAAUGGUAAUUGUCAUGAUGAAACUAUUACUUAUAUGCUUUAUUAUUGUAGUUUCAGUUUGUUUCACGUCGACUGAAGUAAAUGAAGCGAAGGUCAAUUGUACCGAGCUUAACAACAAUUUGGCAAAUGCAAUUGCAUCGUUCUCUAAGUGUGCGAUUACUUAUUCCAGACCGAUUAAGCUUUGUGAGCAAUGCGUUAAUGAGUACAUAGACGUUUCGAAUGGUUAUCAAAACAUGUCGGCGUCUAAGGAUGAAGAUGGAGUGUGUCUGGAUGGUUACAUUCAUCUCGAUAACUUGGAAAUAUUAGAAACUCUGUAUGGUAAUGCUAAUGAAUUAUGGAACAGAGCAAACUGUGAUAAGUGCUUUCAAAUGGACAACGGCACAUUAACAAACGUUUCAUCUGUCGAAACAACAACCUUUAAUGUAUUAUUUACUAACUUGACCGACUGUAUCAAACAGCCUGAUGUCAACGCAACUACAGUGUGCCAGAAUUGUGCGAAGCAAUACAAUGAAUUGAACAAGUUCUACAUUGCGAUCAGUUAUGAAAACAGAGGAGGUGUUUGUAUGGAUGUCGUCGAUGUGAUGAACGGAACUAGAGGAUAUUGGAGUAGUAAUUGCUGCAAAUUUAGACAUAGAAAUGAACUUGGUUUUAUUAUAUCUACUGUUUUUAUUUCGUUACUUACAAUUUUAUUUUAUAUUUUAACCAAAGUUUGCUCACAGAAGAGGGCUCCAGUUAUACUCAAACAAACUAGGUUCUCAGGAUCUUUUUGCAACAGUGCCAGUUGAUUUAAGUUGUGAUAUAGUUAAAUAUUCGAAAUGUUUAUAAUUGAAAUAAAUAUGUUUUUGAAAACAA